AUGAUGGGCGUAUGGGAUGGGAUCGCGGGACUGUGGCGGCUGUCCCGGUGGUCUGCCGAAGGGCCAGGAAAGACGGGAGCAUUCCGUGGCAUGACAUCAGCGUCAAUGCAAUCGACAGACGAGACACCAGACACCAGACACACAUCAAGCACCGUGGCACUUCCAGCAUUGAGACUGGUAGCCAACAACAGCCCCAACGCCAGGCCAUCCCCCGGCCGCUGUGUUGGACGCUCGACGUCCUUGCAUGGAUUUGCAGCAAAUGAUAUUGAUACAGGACACACACACUCGCGCAACUCGCUCGCCACGCAGGCCGAUGGAUGCAGCAUCGUUGUCUUGCCUUACUCACAGGGCCUUGAUCGAUUGCCUCUUUCAACGCCGCUGGACGAGGCGCCAACGCUGAUUCGACUAGUGGCGUCUGCAUCGCCGGCUCCGUCCUGGGCCACUGCAGCUGCCCUUCACCACACCCUCACGUUUCCCUUUCAUUACAACCCACCUCGAAUCUGCCUUGAAAUUAUACGUGUCAGUCCAGUUCUUGUUUCUGGUUCUCAUUCUAGUUCUAAUUCUAGUUCUCGCUUGCCCAGCCAUCCAUCCAUCAUUCCGCAGCGCCGGAAGCCACUCCAAUCCUCCCAGCCGCACCUCAAACUUUGCGACCGCCCCACGGCCCCGUUCCCCACGCCCAGGCCGCGGCCCACCUGCCAGCGCGUGUACCGGUACGAGCACUCGUACAUCCACCAGGACCGCAGCGAGUACCCGAUACCUGGACUCCCCAGUGGCUCGUAUACUUUUACUGGUCGUGAAAGUGGCGCGGGUGUGCAAUGUACCUACUGGACCGUACUCCGUACCGAUUCGCAAUCGUCCCCUGCCCAAGGCCCUGGGGAUCCUUUUUCCUGUCCUCUGCCCAAUCCUACGUAA